GAUUGCUAGGGUUAUCGGGGUGCCUCUGCUAGCACUCAAAAAUUUGCACUUCUGCGUCAAUCUAGCGGCGCACUUAAUCGUCGUCUCGUUUUUACAAGAAAUGCAAUUUCAUAUUAUUCUAAAUCCCGAAGUGCAAAAAGCGUUAAAUUUUGCGUCCGUUCUGGGCACUGAGUGCGCAUGCGCGGGAAUUCAACAUCGCGCAGUGGCGAAUACAUACCAUACCGUUAAACAUCGAAACAACAGGCAUGGCUGAAGAAAGGAGCAACGAAUACACGCCUCCUGCGUUCAGCUUCACGUACGAAGCAAGCCCGAGUACAAGCCGUGACAACACCCAGGGCGCUUCGCCUGCUUUGGGCGCCUACCAAACCAUUUCUGACGAUGCCUGGCCUUACCAAUGGAACAUGCAGCCCAGGCCAGUAACCGAUGGGACCUACAACCUCGACGGUGUCACUGAAAAUGCAAGCACAAGUUUCCUGCUUCUGGGGUCCAGCAACAAUAUCGAUCAUGAAAGGCCUAGCACAAGUUGCCCUGGCAUGGAGCAAGCAACAGCCAUUUUAGAAGACGGCGCCAGACGCUGGUGCUCCGGAGGCGCCGAAACCGCCAUGGUUGAAGGAAGUACGAGUGGACACACGCCUCCUGCAUUUACCUACGGUGACGAAGCAACGCCGAGCACAAGCCAGGAAUUCUUCGAGGGCGCUUCAUGGACUUCCGACUGUCACACUACGAUUUGUGACGACUCCUUCGAAGAACUGUGGAACGCGUUGAACAGCCACAACGAUGCGAUGGACGUCACAGGCCAUACACAUGUUACUGAAAGCGGAAGCACCAGUUCCCCACCUAUUGUGUCCAGCAGCAGCAUCCAUUACGCACAGCCCAGUACAAGCCACGCUGGCAUGGACGAAGCAUCAGCCAUUCCAGAAAACAUCGCUAGAAUUCCUGAAGCCACCGGUGUUGACCAAUGGAACACGCAGUGCCACCCGGCUUAUGGCACGUCCAUCGUCUCCGGUAGGUGCGGGAAGGUUUUCGGUCACUGGUAUACCAUGCCUCGCCAUCAAAGUGAUUGA